UUGCGCAUUCCGAUAAGAGUAUCUAUGUAUGCACAUACACAUGAGUUGAUAGGAAAAUAGGUUCACUGUUUCAUUAAACAAUAAAGUAUGUUCAACGGAAUCUGCCCAAUGUUGCGUAUUUCUCGCUGGAUCAGAUGCGGAUCAGAUUGACCCACACAUUCGUGGUAAUAUGCGUGUGUAAUGUGUUUGUAAAUUAUCAUAAUAUAACCUCAAUAUAAUAUGACAACACGAAGCAUGGCCCAGCCACCUUUUGCUCGCGAACGAAGGUAGAGGAUGGAUCACGAGGACGAAUUUCUCAAUACUUUCUUUAUAUUAGUUGCACAGUUGUGCUCCGAUAAGGCCAAGGAAUCAGUUAUGCAAAUGGGUCCAUGGGGAAUGCUUCUGAUGCAUUUACCGCAGAUAGCUGUAGCAGAACGUUCUUAUGCAGAUUUAGGCUUUCUUCACACGAAAAAUAAAGGUUUCCUUAGGAAGGACAAUUCCUUAAAAACUGUAUAUGAGUCAUUAAAGUCUGAUUUAAAGAGACUGGAGGAAGUAACUAGAGGAACAAACUCUAUCGGCGCAACAGUUGCAAAUGUUUCCAACCAGCUCUGCCAAUUCAUCAUGGCAAGAAUCCAGCUGAUAGAUUUCUAUGAGAAAAUGUACAAUAUGAGUGUAAAUGGUAAAGUUAUGAAGUAUCAAGAAUUGCUGCAGUAUAUAGAAGGAAUAGUGGAAUGGCAUUUGUUAUCCUGUUCCCACUUGGCAUUGGCUGCUAUCAAGACAGGUUUAACGUUGGAAUGCGAAAUAUUAGUACAAUUGACCAGGGCCCAGGUUGAAGUGCAAAACUGGAGAUUCCUGCCAACUCUGAUGGCUCUUUACGGUGCGCAGACACGAAUGUCAGCUUGGGAGAGGACCUUGCAAAGCAAGGAGUCCUGGAAAUUGGGCUUUGGUGCGACAUUUCUCAAAGCAAAUCAGCAACCAGCGUUGUACCAGUGGCUGGUGAAACUUCGCAGUGCCAUAUUAGCUAAGUGUUCUUUGUAUUUUCACACAACUCUAAGCCAGCAAGCUAGUCCCGGAGAAAUGAGGAGUAUCAUGAGCAAGCAAAAUGGGGAUUAUUAUCACAAAAUGCAGACCUUUCAGCGGAAGCACGAUGUGUCAGCUAUAUUAAUAAUUUUCGACUCCAGAGGGAUCGAGGACUCAGGCUCGGGAUACAGACAUCCGGCACGAGGAGCAGAUUCAUUCGAAAGUUUUCCUGUCGUCGUUUGUUGUCCCAAUACAUUCACACAGAAACGAUCGGUACACUUGGACAAUAUACAGAGCAAGAUAAAAGAGCGUCAGCUGGAACUUGUUGCUAUGGACAAAGUUAUUCACUACAAAAGCACAAAGGAUCAAUGUACGUACGCUUUUCACAAUACCGAUCCUCGAAUGACUCUUGUGGUUGUGCUCGAGAACGGAAAGCAGAGAGACAAGGAAACUCAUAUUACGUCGUUUUUGACGGAUCUCUCCAUGCAUAUCAGGUGUAAUAAAGUAUAUGAAUGUCUGAAAUUGUCAAAGUGAGCGAUCGUACGCGCAAGUGUUCGUAAAAAAAGAGAAAAGACGGAGAAAGAGGAAGAGAGAAAAAGCAUCGGAUAGUACCAAAGACCUGAAUAUAUUACAAUUAAAAAUCGAUUAAUAAAAACUUAUGGUAUAAUUAUAUAAAAGUAUAAAUGAAGAAUGUAUGUCGUCGUUUGCGCCAAUCAUUUCGAAAUUUUCGAAACGUUUGCACAUCUAAAAUAAGGUUGCCAGAUGGCCUUGAUUUCCAGGAUUGUCCCGGAAUUUUUUCAAAUUUGUCCCAUGUUCCGGAAUUUGAGUCUUUUGUGUCGGGAAAUCAAAAUUUCGACAAAUUAUAGUAAUAUUCAUGUUUUGAAUCGGUACCAGAGAGAAAUGUGAGAGCAAUCAUUGGGAUUUAUGAGGUCGAAAAACUUGACGUGCCACCUGAGAAAUCAUUCGUGUAGUAAAAAGAAAAAGGUCAAUCGUAUGGUUGAUAUCUACUUCUCUCUGUUGGUACCUAAUUCGCACAUAUAUUAAUUGCGAGUAAGCAACGACAUCUCUUAAUCUUGUCUUACCCCUCUAUCCAUCGAAUUUAAUUAAAAUUCUCCAACAACCUAUUUUUCAACCUCAAAAAUGUCCUGGAAAUAGUCAUUUUGCAUCUGGCAAUCCUAAAGUCUAAAGUAAUAUCUGAAAUUGGCGAUUGUCGAGACAAUUAUUAUGUACUAUUAUGUAGAGUAGAGGGGAGAAUAUGUACAGUAAUAAAAAAGUAACAAUAGAUAAUCAAGGUUGCAUA